AUGGAUGAAGAAUACGACGCAAUCGUUCUUGGAACCGGUUUGAAGGAAUGCAUUCUGUCUGGGAUGUUAUCGGUAUCUGGAAAGAAAGUCCUUCAUAUAGAUCGAAAUAAAUAUUAUGGAGGAGAAUCAGCAUCAAUUACUCCAUUAGAGGAAUUAUUUGGAAAAUUUCAAGUACCAAAGCCGGAAGGAAAAUACGGGAGAGAUCGUGAUUGGAAUGUCGAUUUAAUACCAAAAUUUCUUAUGGCAAAUGGUCAGCUUGUUAAAUUGUUAAUGCACACUGGUGUAACAAGGUAUUUAGAAUUUAAAUGCGUCGAAGGAAGUUAUGUUUAUAAUAAUGGGAAAAUAAGUAAAGUUCCCGUUGAUCAAAAAGAAGCUCUCGCGUCCGAUUUGAUGGCUAUUUUUGAAAAAAGAAGAUUCAGAAAUUUCUUAAUUUACAUUCAAGAUGUUAAGGAAGACGAUCCAAGAACGUGGAAAGAUUGCGAUCCCAAUACAAUGACUAUGCAGCAAUUGUACACCAAAUUCAAUCUUGGAAAAAAUGUCCAGGAUUUUACCGGUCAUGCUUUAGCUUUAUAUAGAGAUGAUGAAUAUUUGAAUCAUCCAGCUAUAGUGACAAUUCGAAGAAUUAAACUUUAUUCCGACUCUCUCGCUCGUUAUGGUAAAAGUCCAUACUUGUAUCCAAUGUAUGGACUCGGAGAAUUGCCACAGGGUUUUGCAAGAUUGAGUGCAAUUUAUGGUGGUACAUACAUGUUGGACAAACCCAUUGAUGAGAUUGUUUUAGAAAAUGGAAAGGUUUUAGGAGUGCGUUCUGGAUCUGAAAUAGCAAAAUGCAAACAGGUUUACUGUGACCCCUCAUAUGUUCCUGAUCGUGUUAAAAAAACUGGAAAAGUGAUUAGAUGUAUUUGUUUAAUGGAUCAUCCGAUACCGAAUACAAAAGAUGCAUUGUCAACUCAAAUAAUCAUUCCUCAAAAUCAAGUGAAGCGCAAAAGUGAUAUUUAUGUUUCUUUGGUAUCAUUCACUCAUCAAGUGGCUGCCAAGGGUUGGUUCAUUGCAAUGGUUUCGACAACAGUCGAAACUGAUAAUCCUGAAAUGGAAAUCAAACCUGGUCUCGAUCUGUUAGGUCCAGUGCAUCAGAAAUUUGUUUCAGUAUCUGAUUACUACGAGCCGACUGAUUUGGGUAACGAUUCUCAGAUUUUUAUUAGCGCGUCAUACGAUGCAACAACUCAUUUUGAAACGACUUGCCUCGAUGUACUCGACAUAUUCCGACGAGGAACUGGUGAAGAUUUUGAUUUUUCAAAAGUUAAAUUAGAUUUGGGAGAAGAAGAGCAGUAA